CUUCGUUAGCGAAAGCAACUCUGAGCACUUUGAAAAUGGCACCCGACGUACUUUGGAGAAAUUUGACCUCCCGUACUGCACUGGAGGUUUCCGCUCUUUUUCUCCACCAAGUCAACUCCGUGACUGACUCCGCCGCAGCAAAUGUCAGCUCCGGGUACGACUCUGGAUAUGAAUCCGAGGAUGACUCGGAUGACAUGGUUCAAGCCCUCCUGUCUAAUGAUGAACAUGCGAGGCAGGCGGUGAUCGACUGCCUCAGCACGCCUGUGGGGAACAGCUGUGGCCCCCCUGCUGCUGAGCACAUUGCCACAGAUUUCAGACUCAACAAUGACCCGGGUCUGGAUAGAGGCUGGCCUUCUGACCCAUCCUCCAGCACUUCCCAGAGCUCCAGCAGCUGCUCUCUCAUCCCUGACCACGGCAGCAGCAGUGGAGCAUCACACACGGAGGCCAGCAUUCCCCUGACUAGCCCUACUGAUCUGGGGACCAGCAGUGGUAUGCAGCUCGAUUGUACCCAGAGCACUGGUGGCUGGCCAGCAGCUGACUCUGGCACUGACCCCGCAGCAGCACCAGCCUCCACAGCAGCUGCCUUCACCGUUGAUGAUCUGCAGAUCCUCUUUGCUGUCCUCAGCCUCAGCUCUGAGCCUACGACAGCUUCUCCCUGCUGCCAGUCAGCACUGAGGACACAGACCACACCCAGGAAGAGAAAACUGGAUGCUUGCACAAGGCUGGAGAACGAGGUGGUGGCACCCAAAAGGAGGACCAUGUCCUCUGGUCAUGUCAUCCCCAGGCUUCAAUACUUCCAUUAACUUACCACCAAGAAGCAAACCAGCCAGCCAGCUGGAGGAUGAGCAGUUCAUAUACAUUUAGUGUUCACAAAUAAAUACACUAAACAA